AUGUUUCGCUUGUGGCGCGACGACAGCGCCGCCACAGUGGAUUCGAACCCACAGCCCUGUCACUUACUCCUCUAUCUCAUACUCUCGCAGGCUAAAUCUUUUACAUGUGUAAAGGAUUUAGCCUGCGAGACCCUUCACAAGUCCACUGUUGAACAUAGGCCUCCCCCAAGGAACACCACAAAGCAGGGUCCCGAGCCACCUGCAUCCAUUGACUUCCUGCAUUUCUUACCAGGUUGUCACUCCAUCUACUGGGGGGACGCCCGACACUUCGCCUGUCGGUACGAGGCUGCCACUCGAAAACCUUUCUUUCCCAUCGGUUGUCGGUUCUUCGUGCUAUAUGGCCGGUCUUUUGUCAUUUCACCUUACUAA